AUGAAAAAAUUCAUUCUUAUUGUUACAUAUAAAAUUGGAUCUUCUAUAUUACAGGGUGCAAAAACAUCGAUCAAUGUCUGUAGUGGUGACUUGACAAAGGAGCCAGUGGAUGUUAUCGUUGUAUGUUCUUCAUCGGAAUAUUUAUGUAGAGUGAUUUGCAAAGCUGGUGGAAGAUCGUUCCAAGCAUCUUUUGAUGCUGAGUCCAAACGAGAUCCUAACUGUUCUAUCGUUGCAGUUAAGGCUGACGGCAAACUCAAAUCGAAAAUGGUUUAUUUUCUUCCAUGGCAAAAGAGUUCAGAUGCAGUCCUUCUUCGACAAUCUAUCGAAAAAUUUGUUUCCAGUAGUAUACAACGAGCGGUGGAAGAUAAUUACGAAAGUAUUGCAUUUCCUGCCAUUGGUUGUGGUUGGUUCGGAUGUCAAGCCAGCUUUGUCGCUGAAGCUAUGGUUCAAGAGGCACAUCGAAUGUUACAGGAAUAUUCUCUUUCGGUUUUGUUUGUCAUACAAGAAGGAAAAACUAGUACAUAUCAAGAGUUUGAGAAGCAGAUUGACAGACUGUCAUCUCCAGUAUCUUCACCUUCCUCAUCAGCAUCACCAUCGCCCCCAGCAACACCAAGAAGCGCAAUCGCAAGAUUAUCUCGUUCCUCUUCUACUUCACUAGUGCACUUUCCUCUCUACGAACACUCAAGUAAAGGAUCACAACGCUUUAUUACGGCGCCACGUUCAUCAUCGCCACCACCCUCACACCCACCACCUUUAUUAAAAGGGCAAACUCACGCAUCAAAAAGAUUAUCACGUUCAUCAUCGCCACCACCCUCACACCCACCGCCACCCUCACACCCACCACCACCCUCACACCCACCACCAACCAUCCCGCCACGCUUAUCAACAAGGCAACCUCAUGUACCGAAAAGGUUAUCACGUUCAUCAUUACCACCACCACCAAUCCCGCCACCUUCAUCAAGAGGGCCAUCAUGGCUUUUCUCACUAAAAUCACUACUACCGCCACCCUUGUCAAGAAAGCUAAAACGUCCAUCAUCACCUCUGCUACAACCAGAAGAACCACAAACAAAAGUGACUGCAUGUAUUAAUAAAGGGAUGAUUGAAGUUAUAAAAGGUGAUAUAACAAAGCAAAGGGUACACGCCAUUAUAGGAAGCUCAUCAUCCAAUAUUUUGAAAGGAGCAAUUAUAAAAGCAGCCGGAGAUGAGGUUGAAAGGUUUUAUAAUAAAGAAUACAAGAAUAAUCCAAACAGUAUAUUGAUCUCAACGCCGUCAGGUGCUUUACCGUGCAAACGGAUUUUUUUCGUCAAAUGGCAACCUGAUAACGAUCAGGCACUACUUCGACAAUCUCUUGUUGAUUUAGUUUGGACUGUCGUACAAUAUGCGAUCUCUUAUAAUUUUACCUCUUUUGCAAUUCCAGCCCUUGGAUGUGGACGACAUGGGUGUUCUGUAGAUAUCGUGGUCGAAACGAUGGUGGAUGAAAUUAAAAAACAAUUGAUCAAAAGAAAUUUGCCUCUGAGAGUGAGAUUUGUAAUACAACCCAAUCAAAACAAUGUAUACUAUACGUUUGUUAAACAAAUUAUAGCAUCACAAAAUGAUAGUCAAGAAUCAAUUCAGUAUCAACUACCGGCAACAUGGCAAAAAGCAGAAAAAGAUAAAAUGCGUUAUGAGUUAUCAAGUACAGAGAGUGAAUAUCAAACAAUUGCAACUAAUUUCAGUAAAACGAUGCAAGGAAACUAUAGAAGAAUAAUACGAAUAGAAAGAAUUCAAAAUGAACAUUGGUAUGUUCAAUACUGGGCGCAUUGCAGAAGAUUUGAAGCACGGGUUGGAGCAGAUACUGAAAGAUGUUUGUAUCAUGGCUGUCCAAAGCAGGCAACUAUUUCGAUUAUUAAUAGUUGUUUCAAUCGUAGUUUUGCGGGAGUAAAUGGAACAGUUUAUGGUGUUGGUGUUUAUUUUUCAUCUGAUGCAACUUAUAGUCAUGGUUAUACAAGCCCAAAUGAAGCAGGUGAACGUCAUAUGUUUAUAGCACGAGUUUUGAUUGGAAGAACAAUUAAAGGUAAUACCUCAAUGAAAAUUCCACCUGAUGGAUAUGAUUCAACUACUGAUGGCAAUCAUAUUUUCGUGACUUAUCAUGAUGCUCAAGCUUAUGCUGAAUAUUUAAUAACUUACACAUAG